AUGAUGGAGCCGGCAGAACGGGUGGAGCUGAGGACCACCAUAGCAGAGCAGACGGGUCUGAAAAUCCCCACGGCAGAACAGAAGACCACCAGAGCAGGACAGCCGACCUCCAUGGCGGAGCAGAGAGAGCAGGAGCCCAUCAGUGCGGAGCAGACAGGGCAGAAGACCUCCACAGCGGAGCAGACAGAGCAGGAGCCCACCAAUAAUUUACCUCAAGCGGUCUGCUUUGAAGUUCUCAGAGGAAUAAGACGCGCACUGAAGGAGAAGCAUUUCCAUUGGCUCCAGUCUGCCGAGAUUGUCGAUGACAACUCUAUAUUGAGAGCGGAUUUCAUUCAGGAGCUUCUUCCAUCUGCGGAGCGAACGGCUCUCCUUUAUCACCUGGCUUUCCUGAGUCUGGGAGGAUUCCCAAAGCUGGAGCGUGUGAUCAGAGAUCAAGCUAUUGAAACACAACUGCUGUUCAGAUCCUCUGAAGCCCUUCUGCUGAAGUGUGUCGGCACGAGUUCCAACCUGCUCACCUCCCUGUUUCCAAUACUGAAAAAAGCUGUGGAGAACAACAACCCUGGUUUGGCGAAGAGUUACCUGAUGAAAGCCAAAGAGUUGAUCAGUGACAUCGUAGCACAAGUGGAUGACAUAGUGAAGAGGUAUGAUCUACGCAACGAAAGUGUGAAAACAUCCACCAGUGACGUGUAUCAAGAACAAAAAGAGACCGAAGAAAAAAAAGAGAAAAAAUCUGACGAGAUGAAGGGUCUGGAGGAUGCUCUGGCCAAGCUCGAAAUGGAUCUGAAAAGAGUAGUCGACACAAUGGAGAUGAAUGAGGAACAAAUUAAGAAAACAACUGACGAGCUGAACGACUUCAUCAGAAGAUUUCAGGAAGAACAUGGCCACUGGACUGUGAAGUUCCUUGACUGUUUUAGAUGCUAUCCAGAUGCUAUGAAGGAGCCUAGUGCCAUCGCUCUGGAUAGAGAACUGAAACGACUCGACUCUGAGAAGAGCAGUCUGAAAAAUGAAGAGUGGAACAUCAAAAUCAAGCAGACUGAUCUUCAGCUGAAGCUGGCCAAUUGUAAAAUACGAAUGGGUGAGAUCCCCGAUCCUGAGCAUCUGAAGGAAGUCCAGCUGUGUCUUUCUCAGAUCCAACAAAUUCUGAUUGAGCUGAAAAAGUUUUGGGAGAAGGUGGAUUCUAUUCUGAACAUGCUGAAAGGUAAAACCUUUGCUGGGGAGGAACUCGUUGACAUGGAGGACAUGAAGGAUGAGUUUCUGAGCUCCAUUGAUGAUGCAGCAAAGUACUGGGAGAGAUUUGGUUUGUGCUGUCAGAGAGUUCAAGGCGCCUUCAGCGUUCAGUCUAGAGAUGCAUAUAAAUUCCUGGAGAUCAAUCCGUCUUCGCUCUCUGAGGAGGAGAGGAAAAGGCAGUAUGUGUCUAUCAGGGAGAAGCUGAAGAAAAUCAAUCCAGAUCCGCCAGCACUGUGUGACACCCAGAAAUGAUGAUUGAACAUGUUCAAUUACAGUUCUGCAUAUACAUGUUCUUUAAGUUGAUGUUAGGAAUAUUAUUUAGAUCAGUUUAUGUCUAUCUCUUUCAAAAUCGCUUUGCAUUUUUAUUAUGCUACAUACAGAUCUUGUGGUCUGGUCACAUGAUUGUCUCUGUCACACAAUAAAGAAAAAAGACAUGAAACACUUCAAUGUAGCCAAAUCCUUAAAAAAGCCAUUUCUAAUGCUUCGGUGUACAAUACAUCAGGGAUAAUUACAG